UAUUUCACGCACAUAGAGCGCACGAGAGUGUAGACUGCUGUGGCUGGUGUAUAGAGUGAGAGGGAGAACGAAACGAGUACUUCGCAAGCGAGAGCUCAGUCCGAAAAGAACUCCCGUCGGAGCGGCUCGCGCUGCUUCGCUUCGCAGCGGCUCUCCUCUUAUACGUACAGCAGAACCAACAAGUCGGCAACAAGAAUAUAUUAUUGCGCACGGCCCGUUGUGUGUCGCACGCUAUAGUGUAGUGUGAAAUGUCGGUGGUGCGGUGAAUCCUUCGGUGGCGGCUGCUGUAAAGAGUCGAGGAACACUCAGGGCAACACAAUGUCGAAGAAGGAUGGUAACAAAAUGCUGGUUCACCAGUUAUCAUCUGUACUACCGGAUGAUCGGCCUAUUACAGCAAUAAAUAUUAUAGAAGACUUGGACAAGUGUCCACCAAAUUUUACUGUUGUAUCAAGAACAUAUGAUUUGGAUUCAGAUGCAGACUUAUGGCGAGAAAGUGGACUAUUUAUCAAGAAAAAGACACGAUACAUAUGCUUUUCAAAGACUGAAGGAUUACCACAUUCUGUUAUAGAAAAAAUUUCAAUUCAUGAUGAGAGAGAACCACCUCCAGAUGGAUUUAGUAUGAUUUCUCACACUGUAGACUCGAUGCAAAAAGCAUGGCGUAAAAGACAACUCUGUUACAAAAUUAGGAAUAAAGAUUUGUGCACAUGUGCAGUGUCAGACAUAAUUAUCUGCAGCAGGCUUGGCAAAGGUUCUAAAAUGGCUCCAGAUGAAUUUACUUAUGCUGGUGUCAUAAAUGGCGUUUAUCUUUGUUACAAAACAGUUCCACUACUAGCUGGUUCCUUAACAGCUCAGCCAUAUGCAAAUAUCGAAUUAUUCCCAGCUGCCUCGCCAACGCUGUCGAACGGUGGAACGCCACACAGGCCAGCACCGGAACGCCCGCCAAAGCCAAAGUUCGGGAUCAAGCCAACAAAUGGACUGUAUCCACAAAUAAGUCCAUCCAACCUAGGAAAGUCGGAGGAGAGCCAAGACCAAGACUACGAAAUAUUAAGUUCAAGUGCGAGAAUACGGCCAACGCGACCAGCGCCAAGGCCACCAUCCAACAAAUCGCCUCUCGUUAAUUUGGUGCCAUCAUACGGAACACUGCCAGGGUCCUCAGAUCUUGAUGGAGUUCCUUUUAUUCUUAAUCCUCUUCUCACUACUAGCACGUCAUAUUUGUUAAAUAAGCAGUUUCCCGUCAUUAAAAUCCGAACUCGGAAGGAGUUGGAUAAAGAGUAUUUUUACGAUUUUCGAACAGAGCGAGAGACUUGAAGAAAGCUCAAAUUGUGCCAAUUGAAUUGCUUGGAGUAUGCAGACCUUUGGCUAUACACAUAUAGAUACGUCUGUAUUGAUAAUAUAGCUCUAGCCAUGCGUAAGAGAGUGCCUGAACGAAUGAUUCAUGAUGUGAAUAUUCAGUCUGAGAGAAGAAAGAGAAGACACAAGCGAAUAUUUCAGUGGGAUAAUCAAGUAAAAUGGAGUACUGAUUAUGUGGUAUACUCGCUCAGCUUGCUACGUAAUUUGUUUCAUACAACACACACGAACAUACUCGACUUCCACCCCACUCCGCGCCUGACUAUUUCUUUUUCUUACGUGAAAUACUGAUCAUGAGCAUUGUAUUUUUAUAGUAUUGCGUUAUCAUUUUUAUUGUUUGUAGGAGAUAUAUAGACAUACCUGUAUAAUAUGUUUUAGUUGUUUAUAAAUAUAUAUGUUAGAUACUAUUUAACAUCAGCGUAUAAAGUGCAGAGCUUAUACAUAAGAUAACGAAAAUUUUUUCAAUAAAAAAAUUACACUCUUUGUAAACUCUUG